CGCUGACUCCUCUGAGUGUGUGUGUGUCUCUCUCUCUCGCUCUCGCUCUCCAUUACGACAGCGAUUUUCACGAGAAGGAAAAUGGUGGCUCCGAAGGGCAGAGCAGCCGGUGGAAUCCGAAUCUUAGAUGAGUCCAAGGCAACCAAGAAAGUGGAGCGAGAUUUUAAGGCACUGGGAAGCGAUCGCGGAAGAAUAGCAAGCUUAGCAUCGAGGGAUAAGCCUCCGAGGAAGCCUGUGUUGGCUGAUGCUUCUACCAAAUCCAGUGCUCAGACUGGUCUAGAAAGUGGCAAGGGGAUGAUGAAGAAUGGGAGGAAAGCUUUGGCUGAUAUCGGCAACCUAAACAAUGGGAGGAGCAAGCAAUAUACAAAUCAGCUGAAAAAUGAACAGAAAAUCCUAAAUUUGAAGGACAAAUCUGAAGGCGCUAAGAAAGCAACAAUGGAGCGAAGUAAUGUCUCUGGAUGGCAUGGAAGGUUUUCGCUGGCUAGAGGCAUCAUGGUUGCUGAUGUGUCAUUGAUGAGGGCCAACCCCAAAAGUUCUGCACAGAUUUCUGGGAGACUCAAAUUUUCUACAAGAAGGAGAACGGUAUGUGAAACCCACUUUUCUAAGGAUAACCAAAUUGAGAUCCCAGAAAUUGAAUCCAAAGUGAGAAAAAUUCAUGCGGGAAAAUUUCCUCAGAACAGGUUUGUAGUAGGAACUCAUAAGGUAACCAAAAAAGUUGCUACAAAAAUAAAACCUGCUACAACAAGAAAAUCAGCCACUACAAGAAAAUCUGUUGUGAGUACUUACAAUCUACGAAAAGUAGAUAUGACAAGACAAAUAUCCAAUAAAAACAAAUUUAAAACGGCAAGAAAUUCAGGGAACAAAGAAGCUGAAGAAUUGGGCACAUCUGACAUUAAUAAAAAUUCAAUGGUUUCACAAGAACUUGUUUCUCAUUCUAAUGGUAGCAACCACUCGAAUGAUAUUACAAACAAGGCAUCAAUUUCAGGAUUCAACAGCAACCGCCGAAAAUCUUAUACCUUAUCAUUAGUAAUAAGAAAAGGUUGUGUUGGACUGGUGAAAAAUGAUUUGCUUACAAAUAUUGAUGAUACCACUAACCCCUUGGAAGUAGCUGAGUAUGUGGAUGCCAUCUAUCAGUAUUAUUGGGCAAUGGAGAUAGAACGUCCUUCUUUAGCGAACUUCAUGGACAUACAAUCAGAUAUUACUUCUAAGAUGCGAAGCGUAUUGGUCAACUGGUUAAUUGAAGUACACCACAAGUAUCAACUGAUGGAAGAAUCACUUUUCCUCAUGAUAGAGCUGCUGGACAGAUUACUUUCGAUUGUUAAUAUAAAAAAGAAUGAGUUGCAAUUGCUUGGUCUUACCACGCUUCUUUUGGCAUCUAAAUAUGAAGAUUACUGGCACCCUAAGGUUGAUGAAUUGAUUACCUUAUCAGUAAACCAAUAUACCAAGGAUGAAAUGCUUGGAAUGGAGAUUUUCAUAUUGAAAAAUCUGAACUUUCGUUUAAAUGUACCAACUCCUUAUGUCUUCAUGUUAAGAUUUUUGAGAGCUGCACAGUCUGACAAAAAGCUAGAAGAUCUGGCUUUCUACCUUAUUGAACUUUGUCUUGUGGAAAAUGAAUCUUUGAAAUACAAACCGUCUAUGCUUUGUGCGUCGGCAAUAUUUGUGGCACGCUCCAGCUUAAAAAUGAAUCCACCUUGGACCACAUUACUCAGUAAACACGCUCGCUACGAAGACUCCCAACUCAGGAGUUGUGCUGAGAUGAUAUUGAGGUUUCAGAAAGCAGCAUCCUGCAAGCCUGUGAAGUAUACACAUCAAAAGUAUUUGAAACCUGAUCGAAGCUGUGUUGCUUCAAUAAAGCCCAUUAAAAUGCUUCCUCCAUAAUUCAGGCUUUUAAUUGGUUCACAGUGUUGAUGGCACCAAUUUUUUGAUGAAAAGAAGCCUGAUUGCACUUCGCCUCAUUUUAGAUAGGUUGUUUUGUAUCCUGCAAUAUGAAAGGAUAAUUUUUUUGUAGUCAUUACAUCUAGAUAUAUUGUAUAGAUCUUUUACUGCUUCAAGUUUUUUUUUUUUUUUUUUGUUGUAAAUGUGAAAAAAUUGCAGAAUUAGGAUCCUACGGAUUCUAUUCAGGAAUCCGUAUUUCUAAGCUUUCUUCUUUUUUUCUUUCCCAUAUAAUUUCAGAAAGGUUAUAUCUACAACAGUCCCGGAUUAUUAUAUUUAUUUUUUUGCUUGUUUUUAAUUUAUUUAUACAUUUCUCUGUUCCUGGGAGAAUAGAAGGCGUAUUUUGUAGGCUGAUGAUUUGGGAUUUAAAAAAUGGGGCAAUUACAUACAUACUGCCCAAUUCUAAUGUAUAUACAUAUCUAAUACCUAACUUCAUAUUUCUACAACCCAAAGCUUUCAUAUCACAUCAAAGAUACUACCGCUUUAAUAUU